CGUCAUUGAAAGUCUUCCCCCUUGUGCAGCAGCACGUAUCAUCCGGACAGCUAACUGAUACCUGACCGCCUAUGGUUCAUGGUAAAAAAAAAAAAAGCAACUUUGUCUAAUAUGAAAGACUAGCUGGAUACAUGAUGAUAUGAAUUCCCGCUGAUCAUGAGUGGAACUGUGUGUGGGAUCAUGGAGGACAUCGAUCGACAGAUAGUAAAGGCUAUUUGUGACGAGGACACAAUGUCAUCUGCUUCAGUUGGGAUGUCAGAUUUGUCAGAUGAGAUCCUGCUGUGUAUCCUCCGCCAUGUUCCGGUGUGUGACCUGCUGAUGAAUGUGGCAAAUGUGUGUCAGAAGUUUCACACACUGUGCCGGGACAAGACCCUGCUCACCAACGUCACCAUGUCUGAGGAAUAUCUGGCUGACGAUCAGUUGGUUCGCCAAGUACUGAGGCAGCUAGCCAAUUACGUGCAGUCUCUUAGCCUGAACGGCUGCUAUUGGCUGUCUGGUUCCACCAUCGAGCAGCUUGGUCGCUGCAGAGGCGUGACGCAGCUGGACGUCAGCGGCUGCCGCCUCACCUCCCUCUGUCUGUCCCGCCUCCUCUCCUCCCUUUCCUCCCUCAGGUCGCUCGCUUUCGACGUGAAGCCGUGCUUCAACUCUGCCCUGCUGAGUUCGGAGGCGGUGGACUCGCUCAGCCGCCUGACGGAGCUGAGGCAGACGCUGUUCACGCCCAGUUACGGCGUGGUGCCGUGCUGCGCCCAGCUGCGCAAGCUGAUGUUGCAGUUUGACAUCCCGGACGUGACCAGAGAGGGUGUUGGCGUUUGCUGUCAGUUAAUGGUCGGCCAGAGCAGUGUCCCUCACUACGAGCAGCUGGAGGAGUUCACCGCCAGGCUGGCCCCGGGAGAGGUAAACCAGACCUUGCUCCUUCUCUACCUGGCCGUGUUCAGCGUUCACAUUCCGAAGCAUCUCAGAGUUUUCCUCGUGUCGAUUCCCGGUCCCAAUCCAGCCCACUGGCCCGCUGCCCCCUCCCUGGUCCAGAGCUUGGGUCGGCGCGGGGACCUGAUGGGCCUGCAGCUCCCGCGCUCCUGGCUGGAUUCUCUGUCCCUGAAGCGAGCCCUGGAGGGGAACAGCCCCCGGCACCUCAGCUUCAGCCGCUGCCCGACCCUGUGGCCCCAAGUCUUCCAGUCGCUGCUGAACGGAGGAGUCCAGGACGCCACGCAGCUGGUCAGCCUGAACCUCAGCGGGAUCAACCACGUCUCCUACUCGGAGUGCAGGAGUGUGGAGGACCAGCUGGUCGCCGGGACGGUGGGCCGGCUGGCGGUCACCUGCUCCAACGUCAGACACCUGAACCUGAUGCACACGCAUUAUCAUCACGACCACUCCCCGGGGAUGGACAAGGAGACGCACCUGUGCGAGAGCUUAGGCAAAUUCCGACACCUGCGCUCCCUCACUCUGCCCGCCUGCGCGCUCUCGGACGGAUUGAUUACGAAUCACGGCUCGGCGCGCAGCGUGGCUCUCUCUCCGUUGUUCCAGGGCUUGAAGAAAGCUCCACGUUUAGGCCUCCAGAAUUACAAAGCCGACUUGGAGCCCACUCUCUCAGGGGACGGCACCUCGGGGCUGGCUGCACUCAUAGCCGGCUGCCCAUUCUUAGAGACCCUCGAGCUCAUCGGCCCUGGCUUUGCCUCCUCCCUGCCCCGGCUGGAGCCUUGUACCCGUGCCAGCGUGGAACCCCGGGGCAUGUGCGCUUGGGCACGAGGAGUGGGCGAUGCCCACUUAGCGGCGCUGGAAGCUUUACCCCGACUGAGUUGCGUGACACUGGCCGGACUGCCCGGAGUCCUGAGGGGAACGGGGCUGGUACAGCUGGCCAGGCAGUGCAGAGACCUGCGAGUUCUAUCGCUCGCCAAUUUGGGCUCGCUGAAAACUAUGAACUACACAGCUGCCCUGCUGGACACACUAAAGCAGUGCACACAGCUGCAGGAGCUCAGACUCCCAGAUGUGGUUGGCAUCUCUGUCCUGAUGCGGUUUGAUGUGGUUCUCCGUUAUUUCAGGUUAGAGCAGCCUUACCUGAAUGCCAACGCGUCGUUCUUUGAGGCUCUUUCCGGCUGCUCCCGUCUGCAGAGGAUCUGCCUCAUCUCACGUUGCGGCACUUUUGACUCGUCGGCGGCAGAGACCUUCGUGGAGCAGUGCCGGCAGGUCAUCAUGUGCCACAUGUUCAUGGGCGGCACCCUGGUCGCCUGUCGGACGCUGCAGAAAACCUUGCUGGAAAGAUUUUCGGCAGAGCGCCCGGCCCUCAGUGUGGUCAUCUAUCCGUUACAACACGAGGACCUGCCCUCGGUCAUCAGAGGCAUUCCACUGACCCUGCUGGAUCGGAUUACUUUGUUUCAGAGCCACGUGGCCCAGCCACCGCAUUUAUCACCGCUGUGACGUCAGCAGAGAGCGUGGCACCUGAAAAAUAAAACUCACAGAUGAAAGAAGACUGAUCGUCAUCUGCCGUGACAUUUCGGAUCGGAUGUUACCUCAUCAGCUGGGAUUGUUUACAUCCGCAACACAAGAAUUCUGGUUUUAAGGGGAAAUGUAAACGCUUUAGUUUUUUUUUCUUUUGGUGCCUGUGGGGCCUCCAUUUUGGUUUCUCAGUCAAAAAUACUCUCUGCUCCUAGACCACUUGGUAACCAGGAAUGUUAAUUAAAAAUCUAAUAUGGUUCCUUUGGCUGUGAGUCAAAUGGUGGCGUAAUAAACUAAAGUAUU